AUGUCGGCGCAGAAGAAGACAGGAGGUGUUCUAGCGAUUGCCGUAGUGCUGCUGUGUGUGCUGGAGUGGGGACAGGCCGUGGACGUGAGGUGUGAAAGUGCAUAUAAAGGCUUCUCUGACUGUGUCCUCGCGCUGGGACAGAGUCUGGACAACCAACAGGAGAACGUGACCAGUGAGACGGGCGUGGCUGCAGUCUGCGACCACUGGGAAAACUUCCACUCGUGCGCCCUCAAAGCUCUGGCCAACUGCACAGGUGAAGUGAGGCUGAUCUGGGAGACGCUGCGUCAGGACUCCAAGAAGAUGCCCUUCCAGGGGAGUCUGUUCGACCUGUGCCCCAGCGCCUCCCCCAGGAUCAGUGCUCCUCUCUGGGUCACCGUGCUGCCGCUGCUGGGCCUCCUCCUGGAGCUCAGUGGACAAGACUGGGCAGGGGUAUAG